AUGGCUGAUCCUCUCAGCGUGGCUUCGGGUAUCCUGGCCAUAGUUACAGCCACGUUACAGUCCAGCAAAUUUCUGUAUAACACCGUUCAAAGUUUCCAAAACCACCGGAGAGUCGUUCAACAGCUUUUUGAUGAGCUUACAGCCCUCAACAAUGUCUUGCAAUCUCUGGAGACGCUUGUUCGCAACGGAACUGACGAUGCAACGCUGCUAUCGCUUAAAGUCCCUCUCCUGCAAUGUCGACGAGCCUGUGCCGAUUUUGACGCGUUGAUAAUCCGAUGCAGUAAGAAUUCGGGACGUGACAGAACCAGCUUUAGAGACUGGGUCAAAAUAAGAUACAUGGAAGGCGAUAUUACCGGAUUCACGAGCAUGCUAGCCGGGUAUAAAUCAACAAUCUCCAUUGCCCUGGGCAAUGCAAACCUGCGUUCUGCUACUGUCAGUCUUAAAAUAUUGAAUGAGUACAAAGAUACGAUUUCUAGCACAACUCAGGAGCUCGAGGAUCAUCUAGAAGAUAUCAACUCAAAGCUGGAGCACCUCAUUGUGCAUCAAAAAGAAUCUUCUCAGUCUAUUUCGAACACUAUUGAGAGAAUCCAAGAAGAAAAAGACAGCACGGAGGCUUGCUUACAGAUCUGCGCCCAAGUCCAAGCCCGUAUUGAUGAGAUGCACUUCCGGCCUGCCUCGGGUACACUAGCCCUCAAUGAGACCUCUUGCCAAAGUUUAACACGGCCGAUGGUCAUGACUAUGUCAACUUUAAGCCAGUGUAAAAGUCUCAUUACUGACAACAUCACUCAACUACGCAAGCAUCAAGAAGAAGCUGACAAGGAGCGACUGAGAGCGGGAGCAAUAGGUACGCCCGAGUCUUUGGAGAUUGAGAUUGAAAGGCUGCAAGGAGGACUGGAAAGUACGAAGAAACGGUUGACGAUAUGCAGCCAGGCAUCUGAGAACGCUACCAAAGGAGUGCACGUCCUUGAGGACAUGGUCACAGGUCAUGAUGGGCAGCAGGUGUUUGUGUCGACAUUGGGGGAUCUUUUCGAUGUCAAAGGCGCUAGCACUGGUGACAGAGGUAUCCAGUUUGUUGGUUCGGUGUCUGAACCUGUAUUGUAUGAGUUUUUUAGGAGCCAACGAAAGUGA